AUGCCCAGGCGAUCACCAGAGGAACCUGAAUAUACCCACUUUGCUAUGAUCUACAUAGAUAGCGAUGGGAAUCUUUGCCAAAGGGCCUCCGAUUCCAUUUCGGAGAGCCGCGAGACCAUCUUCUCUCCUAGGGUCACGGGUGAAUUCCUCCGAGCAGUGGCGAUGUCGAGAGAAGCCCAGGCAACACGAUGUCAGGUUUCUCCCGAGGUCCGAGUUCCGUCUAGUGGGGGGCAACCAUUUAACAACAGCUCUGCCCCGUCGCAGGGGGAGCCUAUGGCUUAUAGUGGAAUGGGCCUAGGUAGUCAACAGAGGAUGCAGGUUGCUUCUCAAGCAGAGUCGCCAUUCCAGCCGGCAAUGUGGCCGUCAAGCCAAUCUUGGCCUCUACAAGCCAGCUCACAACCCAAGAAGAAUUUUGGUGGUCGGGACCUCAACUUGGCUUCACACCAAAGAGCCUUGAUCUCCGUAAAAGACAGAGAUGUUUUGCGCCUCUACUACGAGAAGAUCUUCCAAAACCUACAACAAACAAACUGCCGAAUUAUCGCCAAAGCCUACAUCAAAUUAGUCGAGCCGCGGAAGCAGGUGAACUACCCAUACAAUGGACGCAAGAUCGUUGAAGGAAGAACCCAACAGCUUGACCCAGAGGCAACUAAGCCACCGUGGUGGCCGCGUGGAGUGAGCCAUCGGGAGCCGGAUCAUCUUCCAAAAGUUGAACGCAUCCGACUUUUGGUAUACAUGCUCUGCGAGAUGCGCGAAACCCACGGAGUCACAGCGGCCAGAUUAAAACAAUGCGAUCAGCCCAUUCGUCGUCAAAUCCUUCCGGUCGAGCGUCUGCAAAUCUUGGAUGAGGCAUAUCGAGUCCGCGAGGAGGAAGAAAAAUUCCUCGAUGGGAUUUCAGAUGGAAAACACGUAUCUAUAGCUCGCACCAACCUUCCUCAAAUGGCAGAAGACACAUCCAGCGGACAAAGCUCGCCAACCGAACCAGUCUCUUCUCAGAAUAUCACCGAGUCCGAGUGCAGCGACGGAGACCUGCCGAACGCGCCCCCUUACAAUCCUUCCAAUCCUUAUAACCAAGCAAUGCACUUGGGCCCAAACACCCAAUACCAUUCUGUCGGCCCCUCCACAAAUAUGUCGACAUCGCCGUUGGAACUGAGGCCGAAACACGAACCACUAUCUGCUGGAACACAUUUGAUUGACCGGACAAGCCCCAUUAGCAUGGCGCACUAUCCAUACCCUGGCGUUUCUGGCAUUCCACCACCCCCGAUGGAAUUCUACGGUACCCCUAACCUGUCCCACGACGCAGGCGUUCCAAUCACCCAGACCUCGACAGAAAACUCGUCAACAGAGACAAUGAUGCCAUAUGGCCACCCCUACUAUUUCAAUUAUUGA